GUAACAAGAUAAGCAACUACAAACAGCCCGCCUCUUUAUGUAGAAAGCAGCCUUACUGAAGCACAGUUCAUUGUGGACAUUGCAGAGCUUCAGUCACACUCACCAUGAAGAACUUUACCUUGAUAACAGCUUUAAGUCUCUGCAGCUUCAGCUGGAUCUCUGUCUCAGGUUCUGAGUCUCAGACUGUGGAGGCUCAGGUUGGUGAAGAAGUCAGACUGCUGAGUACCAACAUGUCCAAAUAUGACUCUGUGACAUUCUGGAUCAAAGUGGUCAACGGAACCAAGGCCAGCUGUAUCACUGUUAAAAUCAGAGCUGAUGACGAAGUUAAACACUGCGACGGAUUUCAAAAAGGAAAAUAUGAAAUGACAUCCAACAUCUCCACUGUCUUUCUCAGGAUCAAAAAUGUGGAUUUAUCUGACUCUGGAUUGUAUCUCUGUGGAUUUUACCAAAGUGGACGUCCGAAUUUCACUGUGAUACAUUUACAUGUUAAAGGCAGCGAUGAGCCACAUGAUGACGUGGACAGCAAGUGUAAAAAAGAGUCUGAUGGAAUAGAAGAGUCUGAUGGAAUAGCAAAGCUGGUGAUUGUCAUCCUGGGCAGUCUGACUGUUGUCCUUGUAAUGGUCAUCAUUGGUCUGGUUGUCAAAAACAGGAAACUUCAGACAGCCAAUAAAGAAGAACAAAAACCAGAGCAAAGUGAGAAUGCAGACUCUGACCUGAACUACGCAGCAGUGGCAUUUCGACCAAAGGCAAACAGAAGACAGCCGGAGCCAAAUGUUAUUUAUGCUGCCACCAGAUAGACUGAGGAGGCAACUGGAACUGAUGCUGUAUCAUAUGAAUGUGCUUUAGAGCUGUUGAAUGCCUUGUUCCUAACAGCAAUAAGCACUCCUACCAAAACAAUUUAUUUUGCAAGAAUUAUCUGAUGUUCAUUAAUUUGCAAGCAUCUUCAUACUGCAGUUUAAAUUCUUAACAUUUUAUUUCUUUACAUUUCUUUUCACUCUGCUUAUCAGAAACAUGGUCAGGAAGAGACAGUACAGCGUGGUCGGAGCAUAACUGAGGUGAAAACCAUGAGGGCCGUUAGAUCAAAGCUUUCUAAUAAUAGAAGCAGUGAAUACGCGCUGACUUCCCAAAGCCUUAGCAAGACAUUUGUGAUUAGGCUUUGAAAAACCAUACAGUCCAUUUGUGUGAGAAAUGUAACCGAUAUCAUAGAAUCCCUAUCAUAUGCUAAAAGUCUGAAUCAAAAACAAAAUGUCUGACUAUUAGAAGUGUCUGUAUCAUUGGUGAGGCAUGAACCACAGGAAGAUUGACGUUCAGCUCUCUGCAACCCCUUCCCUCACAAGGUCAUAAAAACAGCAUGGAGAACUACCACACUGUCUAUACUGUAUAAAGGAGUAAUGAAGGAAUACACUGUGGCAUUUUCAGGUUGAUGCAUGCAUCGCAAAAUCAUUAGUCAGCAGCUCACUGCCAUUAUCUGUUCUGUAAAUCAACACAUCGAGGUGAUAACUGUAUUCCAUAUCCAUCAUGUCAUGUUUGAAUAAAGGUUUUGAUUUGGA